AUUCUUUAUUUAGUAGAAUGGGCCUUAGAAAUGGUCAGCGAACAAUAAUAACAGCUGCUACGAAAGAUGUACCAGAUAUAAGUAUUCCAUGGUUUCGUAUUUCGGAAUCUAACCCUGCAGAGCACGAUGAAAGUUGUUUAACUCGUAUUCACACAGUACCUUCGGAUAUUACGGAAUCAUUAAUGUCAAAUAUGACACUUGAAUUAAGAAAGCAAACAAAAGUGUUCAAAGAAUUUGUUCAAACUUGGUUCAGAUAUUCAAGAGAUACAAUCGCAUCCCCUUUGGAACCAGAUAAAAUAGACUUGCCUGAAUCAGCAACAAAAUGGUUAAAAUAUAUUAAAGAAAUGAAUAAAGUAGCACUAUUACAGCUUGAUCUGAAGACUACUAAGGAAUAUACCUGGUCCCAAAGAGAAAUUACAAAAUCUGGAGAUUCACUUUCUAAUCUUAUUGAAUUUGGAAUACAAAGAAAUAAAUUUGCUUGUAGUGUUAUUAAUGCUUUAGUAGAUGAACUUAAAAUGGCCAGUACAGCAGGAAAAUGUAGAACAUUAAUUAUUAUAGAUGGUUUUAAUGCAUUUACUUCUAGCAUAACACACAUAAAAGAUGAAAAUCAUACAUAUGUACCACCUGAGAGGAUAUCAAUAACAUCUACAUUCUUGAGUAGUGUAGAUUAUAAUUGGUGUAAUGGUGCUGCAAUAUUAACAGUAGAUAAAAGAGCAAAUAAAGAUAGGAAAGAUUCUGAUUAUCCAACAUAUUUACUUGGUAAAAAAGGAUUUGAGCUUCUGGAUCCCUUUCUACCCAUUUGCGUCGAAAAUUAUUCAUUAGAUGAAUUUAAAACUAUAUUAGAAUACUAUAAAGAUCGAAAAUGGAUCAAAAACAUUAGUGAUAAAGGACAAAGAGAAUUGGAGUUACUAUCCAAUAAAAAUCCACAUCAGCUUUGGACACUUUGUAAACCAUUAUAU